AUGGUCUCAAACGACAUAAAAUCCUUCCAAGAGUACCUAAAGGGAAGCAAGCGAAUAAUGGCGCUCCUGGGCGCUGGCCUCUCCGCAUCCUCAGGCCUCCCCACAUUCCGCGGCGCCGGCGGGCUCUGGCGCUCCUACGACGCAACGGAGCUCGCGACACCGGAAGCCUUCGAGGCGAACCCGGACCUGGUCUGGCAGUUCUACAGCUACAGACGGCAUAUGGCGCUGAAGGCGGAGCCGAAUAAGGCGCAUUAUGCGCUUGCGGAGCUGGCGAGGCGGAAUAAGGAGUUUGUUACGUUGAGUCAGAAUGUUGAUGGUUUGUCUAUCUAUGUUACGGGAACUUGGUUAUGCUUGGAAGGUGAAGGGGUUGGUUGGGAUUUUGCUAACGGGCUUUUUAUUGAACUAGGGCUAUCUCAACGAGCGGACCAUCCACCCGAACAACUCCAUCUUCUACACGGGAAUCUGUACACGGUGAAAUGUACGUCCUUCUACUGCAAGUAUACGCGGGAAAACGACUUCACGGAUCCAAUUGUCCCCGCGCUCGCGAUCCCAAAGAACUUCCCUGAACCACGCCCAUCAACCCACAACAAAACCGGCGAGGAAGCGUCAAAGUCAUUAUCAAACGCCAUGGAGCAACAACUAGAACAAGAAGGGAAGGAAUUAGACAUCUCCGACGCCCGCAUCCCACUCCACCCCAUAAACCACGAGGAUCUGCCUCACUGCCCAGAAUGCAAAGAGGGUCUCCUACGGCCAGGCGUCGUCUGGUUCGGCGAGCCGCUGCCGACCGACACACUGGAUUACGUGGAUGCUUGGAUGGACCAGGGGAAGAUCGACCUGAUGCUGGUCAUUGGGACGAGCUCCAGGGUCUUUCCUGCUGCUGCGUAUGCUGAGAAGGCCAGGGGCAAGGGGGCGAGGUUGGCGGUGGUGAAUAUGGACCCGAAUGAUAUGGGCAAGGGCAAGUUUACGUCGAAGGAUUGGUUCUUCCAGGGUGAUGCGGGGGUUAUUGUACCGGAGAUAUUGAGGAGCGUUAUUGGUGAUAUUUGA